UCACUGUCGCAGUUAGGGUUUCAUUAUCUUCUCCCAAAAACAUAACAACCCCAGCCACUGUCGCCGCUUUUUUUCCAAACUAUCACAGCUCUCUCUCUCUCUCUCUCUCGCCACACUCGCCGUCCGGCACUAUCUCUCGCCCUCGGUCAACAGCCGCCUGAAGCAUCGUGAGAGAUGAAUGUAGAAAAGCUUCAAAAGAUGGCCGGUUCUGUCCGGACCGGUGGCAAGGGAACUAUGAGGAGAAAGAAGAAGGCGGUUCACAAAACUACUACUACGGAUGACAAAAGACUUCAGAGUACUCUGAAGAGAAUAGGGGUGAAUGCCAUUCCUGCCAUAGAAGAGGUGAACAUUUUCAAGGAGGAUGUAGUUAUCCAGUUCCUUAAUCCAAAAGUUCAAGCUUCAAUUGCUGCAAAUACUUGGGUUGUGAGUGGUUCUCCUCAGAUUAAGAAAUUGCAAGAUAUUCUUCCUCAAAUUAUUCACCAAUUGGGUCCUGACAAUCUCGAGAACUUGAAGAAGUUGGCAGAGCAGUUCCAAAAGCAAACGACUGGUACCACCGAUAGUGCAGAUGCAACUAGUGGUGCAAAUGCCCCACAAGAAGAUGAUGAUGAUGAGGUGCCCCAACUUGUGGAUGGUGAAACCUUUGAAGCUGCUGCUGACGAGGGACAAAAAUAAAAUUUCAAUUAAAUUUUGUUCCUUUUUAAGUUCUAUGAGAUCUUUCGUAUCCUUGGGUGAGUGCUGAAUAUGAUUUGUAUUCUGAGAUACUAAGCUUUUAUUACAUGGAUGCUAUUGCUAUCAAUUAAUUUUACCCUUUAGAAGUUCUUCACACCUUUUGACAGAAGCACAGAUGAAUGGCAAGUAGCCCUUUUUUCCUCUGGA